AACCUGGGGUCCUUGCAUUUAGUACGUAAUACCUUUUCCUCAACAAUUUGUUCACAGCGGCAACCGAACAUCGAGUUUACCGUCAUCCUGAGGCAGAGCGCUCAUCCGCUAUAAUUAGUUAAAAUCUUGCAUUCUGCGGCAUAAUUUGGAUUAACCAUGGUUUUCUCUUGGUCCACUCCUCUUCGCCAGAACGGUCAUACCAGCUUGCCUCUAAUCCCAAACGAAAUAUAUCUUGCUAUUAUUGAGUGCAUAGCGCCAACCAACGAGCCGCUAAGCAAGCAAAACAUUCGAACCUUCUCAGCCCUCGCACUCGUGUGCCGUUUUUUCUGCUCCGUCGCGUUGCCGCGCGUAUUCGAGCGUGUCGCAUUUUCGGGGAACUCUUCGGGGAACUCAUCUACCAUCAACAGGGCGGAGGCUUCGCGCAAGACGAAUUGGGCCAGGCAAAUCGUGGCAAAUGCUGAGCCAUCCAAGUCCAUCGCAUUAUACGUCAAGGAAUGCACCUUCAAUUCUUGGAGUACCAACAAGGAUCAUCAGUGGGUCCUUUUCCCAUUUGCAACGCUGUAUUGCCAGGCAAUGGCGCGCAUGUCGAACAUUCGGAAAGUGGUGAUCAUUGGCUCGUUUGUGAAGAAAGAGCAUUGGGACGCGAUGGCAGAAUUGAAGCAGCUCGACGACCUCAAGUUCUCUCAUUGCUCCUUCAUAGAAGAUCCACCCGAUAAAGAACUGACUGUUCGCACUGUCACGCUCUUGGAUCUAGGAGACUCUCCAAUUCCCUUUACCCGGGCCCUUCGGCCAAUCGCCACUACUGUUCUGCGCUCCCUCGAGAUAAACGAAGUGGAGGUAGUCCAAAAGCUCGUAGCCUUUCGUCAGCUUGCCAUUGACAAUUUGAUUGUCGACCGCCAAAUUUUCGACAUUGAAGAGCUACUUCAUGUAUUUCGGCUUCUUCCUGACCUCGAGAGCAUAUCCUGUACUCUCAGAAGAAAGGAGAUGGUCUCGCCGCUCAUCGCUACGCUUUCGCUGAAAAAGCUCUUCACUCGCUUGCGUUCUUUCACUAUAGUGGGAUCUGGUUGCUACUGGCUGGAACGGCAUGACAUGGCGAAGCUGUUAUCCGCUCUCUGUGAUGGACCCGGCACCCUUCCUAGCCUGGAGGAGCUCCAUAUCCACAUCGCUACAGGUGGUGCGACGGGAGAAACUUUCUUUGCUAUCUCCGACCUCUUGAACGGGACAAUAAUCCCAGCAUUCCCGAAUUUGAGGUACAUCUAUGCUGGUCAUGGCACUUACCUACACUUGGAAGAGGGCAACUGGGAAGUGCACUACUCGCAAGCAAUCAAAAAAAGGUUGGAACACGAACACAAUAAGAAACUCCAAGCCCAUAAAGAAAAUAUGGCGUAGGGUUUUGCGUCCCCCCCUCGUAAUGCUCUCGAGUCUUUAUUUGUUACAAGCAAUCCGCUCGCCUGCGGACGACGGUCUCAUUACUUGCGAUUGCGGUAAUCAUGCGAGCAUUAAUAUUGACAUCAUCGGGCGGCACAGUUCCACCA